UUGAUCUGGAAGGGAACCAGUUUAAUCCCAACCAUCAAGACAAGGGAACUGCCAGCAAGGCAAGGGACAGCCUCCUGAGAUCAGGCCAAAAAAGCCAGCGAAGGAAGAAGAAACAGCUGUACUAGAGGGGAGACCCCAGCCACCUGCUGGGGGGGAGCAGCCCCUCCAGGGAGAAAGGAGCACAGCAGAAGCAUCCUCCCAGGCAACAUGCAUGAGCUUUCGUGAUAACCAUGAAUAUUGAAAAUCAGCCAGAAAGCAAGAAGAUAGAGUGUUUCAAACAGGAGGCAAAGGAACAGAAGAUGAAGAUGGAGCCAGAGUUGGAAGAGGAGAAAAAUGAAAAAAGUGAAGGUCUCCUAGAGUUCUUCAGUUCCUACCAAGAGCUCUUCCAGUUUUUUUGUAACAACACGACCAUUCACGGGGCCAUCCGUCUAGUCUGUUCUAAGAAGAACAAGAUGAAGACCGCCUUCUGGUCGGUACUCUUCUUCCUCACCUUUGGCCUUAUGUACUGGCAGUUUGGAAUUAUCUAUAGAGAAUACUUCAGUUUCCCAGUCAAUUUGAACUUGAACCUCAACUCUGAUAGGCUUACCUUCCCUGCUGUCACGUUGUGUACUCUCAACCCUUAUAGGUAUAGUGCGCUUCAGAAAGAUCUGGAACAACUGGAUUACAUUACCCACCAGACUCUGAUGGAGCUGUAUAAAUACGAUAUGUCCCUUGGGCAAAGUAACUCGAUGGGUCAGUCAUCUCAGAAACGCAGCUAUAGGAGCCUCUCCCAUCACGUCCAGCGCCACCCAUUGCACAGACACAAGCGUGACAGCCAUGCCAGUGUGGAGAACAACAAUCCCCAAGUGGGAAAGGAUGAUUGGAAAAUUGGCUUCACCCUGUGUAAUGAAAACAACACAGACUGCUUCCAACAAAUGUACUCUUCCGGUGUGGAUGCUGUGCGGGAGUGGUACAGUUUCCAUUACAUCAACAUCCUGUCCAGGCUGCCUGACACCAAGGACCUAGAUGAGUCUGACUUUGCAAGUUUCAUCUAUUCAUGCCGUUUCAAUGAGGUGACAUGUGACAAAGCGAAUUACACUCAUUUCCAUCACCCCAUUUAUGGGAACUGCUAUACAUUCAACGACAACAGUAGCACUCCCUGGAUGUCCUCUAUGCCCGGAAUCAAUAACGGCCUCUCCCUUGUUGUUCGGACAGAAGAAAAUGACUUUAUUCCACUACUGUCCACUGUGACAGGAGCUCGAGUGAUGGUUCAUAAUCAGAAUGAACCUGCAUUCAUGGAUGACGGAGGUUUUAAUGUUCGUCCUGGUAUAGAAACAUCCAUCAGCGUGAAAAAGGAAACCACAAACCGCCUUGGGGGCAGCUACAGCGACUGCACAGAAGAUGGGAGUGACGUGCCAGUGAAGAACCUCUACUUGUCUCGUUACACUGAACAGGUCUGCAUUCGGUCCUGUUUUCAGAACAGCAUGGUAGAACAGUGUGGCUGUGGUCAUUACAUCUAUCCCUUACCUGCUGGGGCAGUUUAUUGCGACUACACUAAACACAUCGCCUGGGGUUAUUGUUAUUACAAACUCCAGGCCGAAUUCAAAGCAGACCAUCUGGGCUGUUUCACCAAAUGUCGGAAACCCUGCAAAAUGACAGAGUACCAGCUGUCAGCUGGGUACUCACGCUGGCCUUCUGCUGCGUCUCAGGCCUGGGUAUUCCAAGUGCUGUCUCUGCAGAACAAGUACAACAUCACAUCCAAGAGGAAUGGAAUUGCAAAGGUGAAUGUAUUUUUUGAGGAGUGGAACUACAAAAGCAACGGGGAGACUCCUGCUUUUACAGUGGUAACACUGCUUUCACAGUUGGGCAACCAGUGGAGUCUCUGGUUUGGUUCAUCGGUUCUCUCUGUGGUAGAGCUGGUGGAAUUGAUUCUGGAUUUGCUUGUCAUCACCUGCAUCUUGGCUUUCCACCGGCUGUUCUCCAAGGGAUCAUCUGACUUUCCUACCCCCAGCAGUUACAGCCCUGCAGUCUGCGGCAAAGUAUUAACUGAUCCUGAUGCCCCGCACUGUGUCUCUGUUGAAGCUGAGACUAAUACACUGCCAUCCUAUAAGAGCUUGGAAGCCCCGACACUGCACAGAGCUUCUUUCCAUCGAGCAGAGUGAGACCCAGCCCCAGGAUGACUCGCAACUGUCUGGAAAUGUUAAGAUGUACUAAGCUAAUGCUGGCAUAAAGACUCAGCUCACUGAAUCAGUCUGGAAGCUGUACACAGAGCACCAUGGACAAAAAGGUCUCUUUGAAAGGUUGUGGGCAGCUCGGUCUAAGCCCCACCGCAUGACUUGGAACUUUCUCGCUACGUGUUCCCCGUGCGACUUUGUAGUCCGUAGCCAUCUAAAAGAAAGCACCAAAUUAAAGAGAUAGGUUAUACACCAAGUCAAGGCAGCUUCUUUUUCAGGCUUGUGAUGCUUGAUAAACGAGAGGCUGGGAUGCAUGGGUAACCCACCAAGGAAAAGAACAUGAAGAGGCGGCAGCCGGCACUGAUACAGCCCUGACUAGUUUCUGGAAGUCAAACACACCUCCCGAGAGAGACAGGCUGGCUUGUAAUACUCACCUACUUCACAUACAUUGAUGCUGCUCCUUUGCCACCAAGUUCACUCUAUGAAGAGGGUUGGGAAAGUCAGCCCAGAUGGAAUUUCUGAAUCCCACUUUCAAUGGGACUGAAAUGCUCUAGAUCAGGGAUCCCCAAACCCCAGUCCGUGGCCCGGUGACAGUCCGUGGCCAUGGCAGGACCGGGCCGC